ACUGGACAUAGCGGGAGCGAGCUUUUGUACCCAGCGUUGGAGAACAGGCAAGCAGUGGAGUUUAAAAAACCAAAGGCUUACUACAUUGUCUUCUGUACAACAUGCCACCUUGGCGGAUUCUGUCCACUGUGUUGGGACAAUAGGCCAGAGCUGAGUCCACAAUCACGCUUUGUAACUGGAUUCCAUAGCCAGGCUGUGAUGGAAGUCCCUGACUGGAAGUUUCAUCUACUGGAGCGGAAAAGAAAAGAAGAGGAAGAGGCAAAGAGGAAAGAAAGGGAAGAGGAGGAAAGACUUGCCAAGAUGCCUGCCUGGAAAAGAGAGAUCAUUCUACGACGCAAGGCCAAAGCUGAGGCAUCAAUGUUGGAGAAUAAAGUUGAAUUGGAA